GCCGCCGCCGCUGCUGCCGCCACGGCUGCUGCCGCUCCGACCUGUGUGGGCAGCUCCCCUCCCCGCCGCCGACCCGUGCGCUGGCCCGGGGUGUUCGCCCCCCUUCGCCGGCCGGCGCCCCGGCUCUCCGGCAGCGCCCCUCCGGUGCCGGGGCGGAGGGGCCGCACCCCGGGGCCGGACGCGUGUGGGCGGCAGCGGGUGCCUGGCGUCGUCUGCUGCGGGCCGGCGGUGCAGGCGCGGGGCGGCGGGCGCUGCUGCGGGAGGCGGCGCUGCGGAGGCCCCGCGCGGCGCCGGGAGCCGCCGGGACGCAGCGAGGGGCGGGGCGCGCUCGGCUGGGGCCUGCGCGCCGGGCAGCCCCUCCUCGCCUCCCCGUGGCCCGCAGCUGAGUCUCGGCGCAAGUAGGAUCUUAGAGGAGUUUCGUUCCUGGGCUUGUGUUGCUCCCAAGGGCAUUUUCGGUGGCACGUCCCAAACUCUUUAGAUUUUUGAUCCCUAAGAGCAGUGAUGGUGGUUUGGAAUGUGAGUUCUGUCCCACUCCUUCAGCAGGUAGUGGCGUGCUGUCUCUCAAACUUUCCAGCCAGCUCCUCUCAUCAUAGCAUGUGUGAAGGUGCUUUUUGCUCAGCCUGUUGUGCCCUAGCAGACACGCAGCCAAACGCACAGUCUGCUUUAGUUUUCUUCAUAGAUACUUUGAUUAUCUCUCUUUAUAUGCUGGUACAAUGUGCUGCCUUAUGCUGUUUUCAGGAUGCCUUGGUGUCUUUUCUAAUGAAAUCUCAGCUGGGACUUAGGUGUCCCCUAACACCCAGUUAGGUGUUGCUGUCAUUUAAUUCACAAUUCAUGUGGUCAUCUAUAACUGUGACACAAAGAUCUUUGUUAAUGAAACUCAUACUGCACAAAAGAGGAGAUGAAUCAUCAGCAGAGAAGAAUUGUGCUGUUUUAAAGAAGAAAGAGAAAGAGCAAGGAGUGAAAUAACAGCGUGAAUGCUAUACAGGAAUACAAAAUGCAACAUGAUGUGGGAGCACAGUUCUUGAGAACAAUAGUUUAACCUAUAACACUUAAAAGUGCAGUGUCAGGCUUUCCCUUGGAUAUUUACUUCAGUGGGCAAAACAAGUCUACUUGACAGACUUCAUUGGCACAUGUUGAACUGGCUGUGGGAUUUAUAUGUACUCUAUACCUAAGUGCUGUCUCAGGUUCAGUGCUUGAAGUUGUGGGAGUAGAGCUAUGGGUCCCUGUGGGAGAUAACCUCUGGAGUAACUAUCACUAGGCAGCAUCAGGAGAAGGAGUGAGCAAUUAAUUGCCUUACCUAGUUCUGAGUAAGUUCACGGAUUUUACUUCUAUUUAGUAGGGAGCCAAAGGAGCAGUAGUUUUUUGAAGUGUGUUUCAGAACUGAGCCAGCUAAGUACUGCCAAGGUUGCAUUAGUGUCAUUUCCUCUGCUUUAACUGGAAGUGGAAAAUAACACUCCAUAUUGUAUUACUGGAAGUAGCAAAUAACACUGAGUAUUGUAUACUGAGAUGAACCUUAGUCCCAGAGAAAAAUUCUUUCCAACCUUGGUACUUCUGUAGUUCUAGCACAAUGAGUGACAAAGCAUCCAAAGUCAUUUACAAAACUUCUGAACUAGCAUCUCUUCAACAUCAGUUGCCAAAUUGUACACUGAAUACUAUGUGCAAACCUGGAGGUUGUUCUUAUGCUGUCACAUAGUGACUUGCUGUGAUGAUUAAGUGUUUCUUAAGUACUUGAAAACAGUACUUUGAUGAAUGUUGCUGCUGCAGAAACCUACACGAGUUGUAAUUCAGCGAUAACUGUGCUGCUGUGUUUUAGAGUCAAUGUUGCCUUUACAUUCCAUCCUGUUUGGACCACGUGCACUUCUAGUGCUGCUGUUUGUUUUUGGAAGUAAUAACAAACCAGCUAUGCCUACUCUAUGUCCUGAUACGGCUGCUGUGGGAAAAGUGAAGACCAUCUGACUCUUGAGCUUUAACUGAGCUCCACAUGGAGCAUAAAAUGUGUUUCUCUAUUUAAGUUCAAAUAAUGGGUUUUACCUCCAUGGCAAAAUGUCAAGCUCUGGAAAAGACCUCUUUUCUAAUAGGAUUUCUGGCAGCUCUCUUAGGAAAUCUGAUCUAAGAAAUUCAUAUUGCAGAAUUACAGUUGGAUAAAAAAGUUAGGGGAGGAGAAAAGGUGAAGGAACUUGAGUUUACCAGGGAGGACUUUUCAUAUAAUUCAGUAGAUCUGACCUGCCCUUUGCUGCUUCUGCCCUUUCAAGAGAGACCAAGUUACUGUGAAAAUUUCCCCUUACGUAGUUUCCCAUAGACUGAUAUGUGUCCUCAACCAAAAGUAAAGAGGGAAGAUUUUAAUUGUCAAGUUUUUCCUGUCCAUGGAGCCAUUAGAAAAAUUAUCACCCAACUGUUUGCGCUCUGGGAAUAGAAUCAUGGAAUGUGUUGAGUUGCAAGGGACCUACAAAGGUCAUCUAGGGUCAUCUAGUCCGACCACCCUAUAAUAAGCAGGGACAUCUCCAACCAGACUGCUCAGAGCCCUGUCCAGCCUGACCUUGAAUGUCUCCAUGGAUGGGGCCUCCACCACCUCACUAGGCAAUCUGUUCCAAUGAUCCCCCACCCUCAUAUUUAAGAGCUUUUUUCCUAAUGUCCAACCUAAAUGUACAGUUUUCUGACUUGAAACCAUUACCCCUGUCCUGUUGUUACAUGCCCUAGUGAACAGGUCUUCCCCAGCCUUCUUAUUGGCUCCUUUCAGGUGUUGAAAGGUUGCUAUAAGGUCCGCCCAGAGCCUUCUCUACUUCAGGCUGAACAACUCCGACUCCCUCAGCCUGUCUUCAUAAAGAGGUGCUCCAGUCCUCUGAUUGUUUGUGUUGCCCUCCUCUGGACAUGCUGCAACAGGUCCAUAUCCUUCUUGUGUUGGGACCUCCAGAGCUGUAGACAGUACUCCAGGUGAGGUCUCACCAGGGCAGAGCAGAGGGUCAGAAUCACCUCCCUGGCCCUGCUGGCCACACUUGUUUUGAUGCAGCCCAGGAUGCAGUUGGCCUUCUGGGCUGCAGUAGCACACUGGUAGCUCAUGUCCAGCUUUUGAUGCACUGGUACUCCCAGGUCUUUUUCCACAGGGCUGCUCUCUAGCAUGUCUUCCCCCAGCCUGUAUUAAUAUGUCUGGUUGCCCUGGCCCAGGUGCAGGACCCUGCACUUAGCAUUUUUGAACCUCAUGAGGUUUACCAGGGACCACUUCUCCAGCUUGUCCCGAUACCCCUGGAUGGCAUGGAAUAGGCGAUGGAACAUUUUGUCUUUUGGCUUUAUGGACCAAAUUUUAGUAAUUUGGUAGAAGAAAAAGCUUUUACAAGUCUCUGAAUGAAGUAUGUGUUGCUUGCUUGCUGCUCAGGCUUCUGAAUUUUCCCCCUGAAUAACACAGUGCAAAUGGAAAAUGUUAAUUGUACAGAUUUUUCGAUUUUUAACCUGUUUUACACCAAAACUGUUUUACUGCUGUGUUUCGUUCUAAAUAAAGCUGAUGUGAGCCUUUGUCACAACUGUUCUGGCCUGGGAUUAAUUGUGCUCUGUCCAGUCAGUUGUUAGGUUCCUGUUGGUUUUUAUGCUGGACACUCCCAGUAUAGGAAGAAUCAGUUCAUGUUUUUGAUAAUUUAUUAUGAAUAAUUUUUGGUUAUUUAUGUGAACAGUUAUUUCUAGUGGUGAAUUUCCGCAGAGUGAGAAAACAUUUGAGCUUCAUUGGAUUUGAGAAGUUAAUCAUACUUGAGGAUUCAUCAGUUUCUUGAUCUAGUUAAUUUUUUAUUAUUUUUUUAAAUUAUUUUUUCUUGGUAAGAGGUGAUGGCCACCAUGUGAUCCAGUUUUAAUGAUGGUUUCUGGAAAGCAUCUGAACAAUUUUACACCUUGAGCCUGAAGUCUGUAGGUAGCUGGUGCAUUGUCACGUUUAAUUUGAAACUGCUGUUUGGACAGUAUCACUGAGAUUGCUGUGAAAAAUUUUUCAGUACUAUCAUCUAUCCUGAGACAGCAAUGCUCUCAAAGCUAGUUUGACUGAGGCAGCUGUGUGUUUUUGGAAAUAUGCAAGCUGUUGCAUACACAAAUGUCCAGUUGUUGAAAGAGUAAACUCAGUGGUUUGUUAGGGUUUUUUUUCCAAGGAGUGUGAGGGAAAGGGAGGGGAAUCGCAGUUCCUGUGUGAAUAAACAAUGAAACAAAUAACUUGUAGUCGGUACUUUCCUUUCUUAUGAUAAUGUUAGAGAAUUGGUGGCUUUAUUCUUCCCUUUAGGAUAUUUCUCAACCUUGGGUAAGUGGGAGGACUCAGUCCAAACAGUAGGUCAUCAGUGCAUUUGUCCCUUAGUGUUACCCUGUGGAGGUGGAGGGAGUAACCUUGUAAGCACUUUAAAUUUGCCGUCACCCUUCCUAGCAUACAAUAGAGAGGGCUUUGACAUAAAGGCGGUGACUUGACUCUUCAGUUGCUUUUUGAGGCACUAAUUUUUACAACUAUUUGGUUUUGUAUUUGACUGUUUCUCUUAGGAGAACAUUUUGUUUCCUGCUCAGUUUGUAACUGGCUAGAAUGUUCCAAAGUCAGCAGUCUAGAGCCCUGGGUGAGGAGUUUGGGUCGUGCUUUAAGUCACUACCACUGCUCUUAGGGACAAAAAACCUUUAGAACUUGGAGUCCUGCCUGUCCCAUGCUGGAGAGCACAAGAACCUAGAUGAGAAUCGUACCAGAAUGCAAUUCUGCUUCUUGGAGAGUAAGAUGCAAUGGAUCAGCUUGAGCAGAGGGUAAAUGAAUUUUUUAUGAAUGCAAAGAAAAACAAACCUGAAUGGAGAGAAGAACAAAUGACAUCAAUCAAAAAAGAUUACUAUAAGGCUUUGGAAGAUGCAGAUGAAAAAGUGCAACUGGCUAAUCAAAUAUAUGACUUGGUAGACCGUCAUUUGAGAAAAUUGGACCAGGAACUUGCUAAAUUUAAAAUGGAACUUGAAGCAGAUAAUGCUGGAAUUACAGAAAUAUUAGAGAGACGGUCUCUGGAGCUGGAUACGCCAUCACAGCCUGUCAAUAACCAUCAUGCCCAUUCUCACACUCCAGUAGAGAAGAGGAAACACAACCCAUCUCACCAUAGUACAACAGAUCACAUUACUGAAAAGAAGUUUAAAUCUGAAGCUCUUCUGUCUACCCUGACUUCAGAUGCGUCUAAAGAAAAUACGCCAGGGUGUCGAAACAGUAAUUCAUCAUCCUCUUCAAACAAUGCAUACAAUACAAACUCUUCUCAACCAUUGGCAUCAUAUAACCUGGGCUCAUUAUCUUCAGGAUCUGGGGCCGGUGCAAUUACCAUGGCAGCAGCUCAAGCAGUGCAAGCCACGGCACAGAUGAAGGAAGGAAGACGAACAUCCAGCCUAAAAGCCAGCUAUGAAGCAUUUAAAAACAAUGAUUUUCAGCUUGGAAGAGAAUUUUCAUUAUCCAGAGAUUCAACUGGAUAUUCAUCAUCUGCUCUGGCAUCUACGUUAACACAGACAUUAAGUUCAUCAACCACAGAUUCACGAAGUGGCAGAAAAAGCAAAAACAACAACAAAUCCUCAAGUCAGCAGUCCUCAUCAUCUUCCUCUUCUUCGUCUCUGUCGUCAUGUUCUUCUUCAUCUGCACUGGCACAAGAACUGUCUCAGCAAACAGCAGUAAUACCAGAGUCUGAUUCUAAUAGCCAGGUUGACUGGACCUACGAUCCAAAUGAGCCUCGAUACUGCAUUUGUAAUCAGGUGUCCUAUGGUGAGAUGGUAGGCUGUGAUAACCAAGAUUGUCCUAUUGAGUGGUUCCAUUAUGGGUGUGUUGGACUGACAGAAGCACCAAAAGGGAAGUGGUACUGUCCACAGUGUACGGCUGCAAUGAAGAGAAGAGGCAGUAGACAUAAAUAAGUUUCUUCAUCUGGAAAAAAAAUUUACAUACUAAAAGUUUUAUAGAGGACUUGGGAUGGGGAGGAAGCCUCACCGCACUUCCUUGCAACCACUUUAGGGUUAACAUAGCAGUCAUAAGAUCUUGAACUAUUGAUUUUGCUAGUUGUGUUUUAAUAUUGUAAGUAAGUUAUUUAUGCACAUUGAUGUGCUGCAGAUACUAUUCCAGUGAGCCUUGGAUUGUUCCAGUGGCCAACAUAUGCAGACAUUUGUCCUAUCAAACCAUUUUCUCUAGGCAGUGGGCAUUCUACAAUAUUCAAUCUUCAAAAAAUUCCAGUAAGUCAAGAUUUUAAAUGUAUGUUUUAUAUUCAACAGAUAUAUUCUGCUGCAUGUACUGUACUCAAGAGCUGUUAUGUAACACUAUGUAUAUAUGGUGCAAAAAGUCAGUGCUUCUGAAAAGAAAAUGAGACAAUGGUUUUUAAAAUGCCUUUAUAGCUUUGGUUCUUUAUGAAACUUAAUUCAGCAGGCUGAAGAAAAAGGUUCUUGUAUACAGCGGGCUGUUGUCCUCUAGGGUACUUGAGUAUGUAAAAACAAAAAAUGCUGUAGAAUGAAACAAACUUGUGCCAUUAGUCUUUAUAUGUUUCUGCUCCAGAAAAGGUGCAGGAAAAAAGGUGUUAAAGUGAUGAUAAAUUUUUAUACCAAAUGUGUUUAUUUUUUUGUGCAGGUAAUCCUUUAAAUUUGAAUUGUAUUAGGUGUUAAAAUAAAACAACCUCAGCUCCUCAA